CUGACUGCUCUGAACGUCAAGCAAGGCUUCAAUAACCAGCCGGCAGUCUCUGGGGAUGAGCAUGGCAGUGCCAAAAAUGUCAACUUCAACCCAGCAAAGAUCAGUUCAAAUUUUAGCAGUAUUAUUGCGGAAAAGCUGCGAUGCAAUACACUGCCUGACACGGGAAGACGGAAACCCCAGGUGAAUCAGAAAGACAACUUUUGGCUGGUGACAGCGCGUUCUCAGAGUGCCAUAAACAACUGGUUCACAGAUCUGGCUGGAACUAAACCCCUCACUCUUCUCGCUAAGAAGGUGCCUAUCUUUAGCAAGAAGGAAGAGGUCUUUGGUUAUUUGGCGAAGUACACAGUUCCAGUAAUGAGAGCAGCCUGGCUCAUCAAAAUGACUUGUGCCUACUAUGCUGCCAUCACAGAAACCAAGGUGAAAAAGCGUCAUGUCAUUGAUCCCUUCAUUGAAUGGACGCAGAUCAUCACCAAGUACCUAUCAGAACAGCUGCAGAAAAUUGCAGAGUUCUAUAGACAGCUACCAGGGCAAGGCUGCAGUUCACCAUCUGGACCAAUGCCCCAAGAAGUGGAACAAGCUUUGAAGCAGUGGGACUACAAUGAGAAACUAGCUAUGUUCAUGUUUCAGGAUGGCAUGCUGGACCGGCAUGAAUUCUUGACGUGGGUCCUUGAGUGCUUUGAGAAGAUACGGUCAGGAGAAGAUGAAUUUCUGAAAAUGCUCCUACCCCUGCUGCUGCGGUACUCUGGAGAGUUUGUGCAGUCUGCAUACCUGUCCAGACGUCUAGCCUACUUCUGCACCCGCAGGCUUGCUAUGCAGCUGGAUGGUGCUGGUGGGCAUGCACCCCACAUCCUGUCUGCCCAGACUGGGAAUACUCUUCCUUCAACUCCCACCCCUCAGCCAGCUGCAGGGAAUCCUCCUCCCAGCCCUUUCAGCGACUUACUGCUGUGCCCUCAGCACCGGCCAGUGGUAUAUGGGCUCAGCUGCAUCCUCCAGAGUAUAAUUUUGUGUUGCCCAAGUGCCCUUGUGUGGCACUACUCAUUGACUGAUAGCAGGAUAAAGACCGGCUCUCCGUUGGACCACCUGCCUAUAGCCCCGUCCAACUUGCCCAUGCCAGGAGGAAAUUCAGUCUUUACACAGCAGGUUCGAGCAAAGCUGCGUGAAAUUGAGCAGCAGAUAAAGGAACGUGGCCAGGCUGUGGAGGUUCGCUGGUCAUUUGACAAAUGCCAGGAAACCACGGCAGGUUUCACUGUUGGCCGUGUCUUGCACACUUUAGAAGUUCUGGACAGUCACAGCUUUGAAAGAUCUGACUUCAGCAACUCUUUGGAUUCCUUGUAUAACAGGAUAUUUGGGCUGGGUCCAACCAAAGAUAGUCAUGAGAUGUCCCCAGAUGAUGAUGCAGUGGUAGCCUUGCUGUGUGAGUGGGCUGUCAGCUAUAAACGCUCUGGGCGCCACAGGGCUAUGGUUGUGGCCAAACUCCUGGAGAAGCGUCAGGCAGAGUUAGAGGCUGAGAGAUGUGGGGACUCUGAAGUUGUGGAUGAGAAAUGUUCUAUCUCCUCAGGCUCUCUUUCAGCAGCCAGUGCUCCUGUCUUUCAGGAUGUCCUUAUGCAGUUUCUUGACACUCAAGCUCCUAUGCUAUCUGAUCCUGGGAAGGAAAAUGAGAAGGUGGAGUUCUUUAACUUGGUGCUUCUGUUCUGCGAGCUAAUCCGACAUGAUGUCUUCUCUCACAACAUCUACAUGUGCACUCUCAUCUCUCGGGGUGAUCUUGCCAUGGAUUCUCAUGGGCCUCGCCCACCCUCACCCUUUGAUGACCCUGCAGAGGAGCACGACAGGAAGGAGACAGAGGGAAACAGUGGCAUCAAGCUAGAGGACACAGGUCUUUCUGAGCCCAUGGACAUUGACCAUAACUCCAGCAUGCUUUUUGAUGACAUGGAGAAGACAGACUUUUCGAUGUUUUCUCCUCCGAUGCAUUGUGAAUCUAAAGCCAGCCCUUCCCCUGAGAAACCAGAUCCUGAAAAGGAAACAAAGCCUCUUCUGAAGGAUAAGUCUGUGGAAGGAAUGUUAGCAUCCCUGUAUGACCAGCCUCGGCACAUCCAAUAUGCAACACACUUUCCUAUUCCUCAGGAGGAGUCAUGCAGUCACGAGUGUAACCAACGACUGGUAGUUCUUUUUGGGGUUGGAAAACAACGGGACGAUGCUCGGCAUACAAUCAAGAAAAUAACCAAAGACAUUCUAAAAGUCUUAAACAGGAAGAGUACUGCAGAGACAGACUGGCAGGUGCUGAUGGCUGAUGUCUAGCCCUCCUCUAAUGAGGAAGGUUUUCCGACUUUGGUAGGUGGAGAGGAAGGACAGAAGAGGAAAAAGAGCAAGCCAGAAGCAUUCCCAACAGCUGAAGAUAUCUUUGCAAAGUUCCAGCACCUUUCCCACUUUGAUCAGCACCAAGUCACAUCUCAGGUAUCUCGCAACGUCUUGGAACAGAUCACCAGCUUUGCCUUGGGAAUGUCAUACCACCUGCCUCUGGUGCAGCAUGUGCAGUUCAUAUUUGACUUGAUGGAGUAUUCACUUAAUAUCAGUGGUCUUAUUGACUUUGCCAUCCAGUUGCUGAAUGAACUGAGCGUGGUGGAGGCAGAACUGCUGUUGAAAUCCUCCGACCUUGUUGGCAGCUACACCACCAGCUUGUGCCUGUGCAUUGUGGCCGUGUUGCGGCACUACCACUCCUGCCUUAUACUGAACCAAGAUCAGAUGGCUCAGGUCUUUGAAGGUCUGUGUGGGGUGGUGAAACAUGGCAUGACCCGCUCAGACGGCCCCUCGGCAGAGCGCUGUAUCCUGGCCUAUCUCUACGACCUGUAUACCUCCUGCAGUCACCUCAAAAGUAAAUUUGGGGAGCUCUUCAGUGACUUCUGCUCCAAGGUGAAGAACACAAUCUACUGCAAUGUUGAGCCAUCUGAUUCCAACAUGCUAUGGGAACCAGAGUUUAUGAUUGACACUAUUGAAAAUCCAUCUGCACAUAACUUCACAUACACCAAUCUGGGCAAGAGCCUCAAUGAAAACCCAGCCAACCGCUACAGUUUUGUCUGUAAUGCACUUAUGCAUGUGUGUGUGGGACACCAUGAUCCAGACAGGGUGAACGACAUUGCUAUCCUGUGUGCUGAGCUAACUGGCUACUGCAAGUCUCUAAGCGCCGAGUGGCUGGGUGUGCUCAAAGCUUUGUGCUGUUCCUCCAAUAAUGGGACCUGUGGCUUCAAUGAUCUCCUCUGCAAUGUUGAUGUCAGUGACUUAUCUUUCCAUGAUUCCCUGGCCACGUUUGUUGCCAUUCUCAUUGCCCGGCAGUGCUUGCUGCUGGAGGACCUGAUUCGCUGUGCUGCAAUCCCCUCACUUCUAAAUGCUGCCUGCAGUGAACAGGACUCAGAACCAGGAGCACGUCUGACUUGCCGAAUUUUACUCCAUCUGUUUAAGACUCCACAGCUAAACCCAUGCCAGCAAGAUGGCAACAAACCCACAGUGGGAAAUCACUUACUGGCAGCUUCCCAGAAUCGUAUUGUGGAUGGAGCAGUAUUUGCAGUGCUGAAGGCUGUCUUUGUUCUGGGAGAUGCAGAACUGAAAGGCUCUGGCUUUUCCCACUCUGGAGGUGUUGAUGAUCUCAUGGAUGAUGAGCUGGGCACCAGGAAGGCCAGCAGUCGGGUAGUAACUGUAGAAACAGCUAGCUUGGAUAUUUAUGCCAAGUAUGUACUAAGGAGUAUAUGUCAACAGGAGUGGGUAGGUGAGCGAUGUCUGAAGUCCCUCUGUGAAGACAGCAAUGACUUGCAGGAUCCUGUCCUGAGCAGCACACAGGCCCAGAGGCUGAUGCAGCUGAUUUGUUAUCCACACCGGCUGCUGGACAGUGAGGAAGGAGAAAAUCCUCAGCGUCAGAGGAUUAAACGCAUCUUACAGAAUCUGGACCAGUGGACCAUGAGGCAGUCCUCGCUGGAGCUGCAGCUCAUGAUUAAGCAGACAGCAAACAAUGAGAUGAACUCCUUGUUAGAAAAUAUAGCCAAGGCCACUAUUGAGGUAUUCCAGCAGUCAGCAGAGACCAGCUCUGCUAGCUCUGCAGGCAGUGGAGUCAACAGUAUCAAUAGCUCAGCAAGUGCUACACCUGCCAGCAACAAAUCCAAACCCAUUCUCAGCUCCCUGGAGAGAUCAGGAGUGUGGCUGGUGGCCCCUCUAAUUGCCAAGCUUCCAACAUCAGUGCAGGGCCAUGUGCUGAAAGCUGCUGGAGAAGAACUGGAGAAAGGACAACAUCUGGGGUCGUCAUCCCGCAAAGAGAGGGACCGCCAGAAGCAGAAGAGUAUGUCCCUUUUGAGCCAGCAGCCAUUUCUGUCACUUGUGCUAACAUGCUUGAAAGGACAGGAUGAGCAGCGGGAAGGCCUUCUCACCUCUCUGUACAGUCAGGUCCAGCAGAUUGUUACGAAUUGGCGGGAAGAUCAAUACCAAGAUGACUGCAAAGCCAAGCAGCUGAUGCAUGAGGCCCUGAAACUACGGCUGAAUUUGGUGGGGGGAAUGUUUGACACAGUUCAACGCAGUACACAGCAGACAACUGAAUGGGCUGUGCUUCUCCUGGACAUAAUCAGCAGUGGCACCGUGGACAUGCAGUCAAACAAUGAGCUCUUCACCACCGUGUUGGACAUGCUGAGUGUUCUCAUCAAUGGCACCCUGGCUGCUGAUAUGUCCAGCAUUUCUCAGGGCAGCAUGGAGGAGAACAAGCGGGCCUACAUGAAUCUUGUCAAGAAACUCAGGAAAGAGCUGGGGGACCGACAGUCUGACAGUCUGGAGAAGGUACGACAGCUACUGCCACUUCCCAAGCAGACCCGAGAUGUCAUCACCUGUGAACCUCAGGGAUCCCUCAUUGACACCAAAGGCAAUAAAAUAGCUGGAUUUGACUCCAUCUUCAAGAAGGAGGGUUUGCAGGUCUCUACAAAGCAGAAGAUCUCCCCUUGGGAUCUGUUUGAGGGCUUAAAGCACUCAGCCCCCCUCUCCUGGGGCUGGUUUGGGACAGUCCGGGUGGAUCGUAAGGUGUCUAGAUUUGAGGAGCAGCAGAGACUUCUUCUGUACCACACGCACUUAAAACCCAAGCCCCGCAGUUACUAUCUGGAGCCAUUGCCACUGCCCCCUGAAGAGGAGGAGCCUCCUACACCUGUGGCUUUAGAGCCAGAGAAGAAAGCUGCAGAACCAGUCAAGGCUGAUAAAACAAGCUCCAAUCCUGCCACCUCUACUGAAGAACGCAAGAAAAAACAGAGCAAAACCAAGAAACGCAAUCAAUCUGCCAGCAAAACUGAGGAUUUUGUGUUGGGCCCUAGCCGAGGGGUUUCAUAUGGAGUCGGUAUGCCUGCAGAUCUCCUGCAUCACCAGUCAGGAAGCACUAUGUCUCGGCUGGCAUAUGGGCAAUCACCAGUGGGUCUCUACACCCAGAAUCAGCCUCUUCCAGCAGGUGGUCCUCGUCUGGAUACAUCCUACAGACCUGUACGCAUGCCACUGGGGAAACUUGUUCAGAGUCGUCCUCCUUAUAGUGGUGUGCUGCCUCCAGGGAUGGGGAGCAUGAUGGGCAUUGACCCCUCCUACAAGCCAGCAGUCUACAGACAGCAGCCUCCUGUGUCCCAGGGACAGAUACUGAGGCAGCAGCUUCAAGCAAAGUUGCAGGGUCAAAGCAUAAUGGCACAGCAGCCCGUGCGACAGAUGGCUCCCACUGCAUCGUAUGGAGCUCUGCAGCCCUCCCAGGGUUACACACCUUACGUCUCCCACAUAGGCCUUCAGCAGCACCCCUCCCACUCUAAUCCUGCCCUGGUGGAUCCUGUUAGACAAAUGCAGCAGAGACCAAGCGGCUAUGUGCACCAGCAGGCUCCUGGCUAUGGGCACACCUUGGGCAACACACAGAGAUUUCCUCACCAGUCAAUUCAGCAGGCCCCAAUGAUGAGUGGGAUGAACCAUUUGGGUCCGCAAGGAGUCUCCUCGGGAAUUCGACCCAGCCAGAUACUGCCUGACCAGCAGCAGCAGCAGUAUCUGAGGCAGCAGCAGAUGCUGAGGCAGCAACAGCAGCAGCAGCAGCAACAGCAGCAGCAGCAGCAGCAGCAACAACAGCCGCCACAGCCACAGCAGCCACCCCAGGUCUCCACAGUGCCUCAGCCACAGGCACAGGGCCAGCCGCAGUUCCAGCGCCAGGGACUUCAGCAGACACAGCAGCAGCAGCAAACAGCUGCUCUGGUUCGACAGCUUCAGCAGCAGCUUUCCA